AUGGGUAGCAGCGAUGUAUCCAUGCACUCCCGGUUAGUGGAUGAACAGAGAGCGGAGUUAAUCCAGAGGGUUACCAUGGUGAUGCCCAUAGCAGAUGAGCUGCUGUCACUGGGCAUGCUCCAUGAGGAGACGUACUCACAGAUCAGCGCAGCCAGGACCAGUCAGGAGAAAAUGAGGGAGCUCUUUACUGCACUGCACUCUGGAGGAGACCGAGUCAAAUCUGCCUUUUACUGUGCGCUGAGAGACAACCAGCCCCACCUGCUCCAAGGCCUGGUGACAAAGCUAAAGAUCAGUGCUCCUCAUGAGCCCAAGACAAGAGAGGAGUUCUUACAAUAUUGGUGUGAGCUGUCACUGGAUAUGAACACAGUGCAGAAAAACCUCCGUCUGUCUGAGGGGAACAGAGUGGUGACGUGGACCGGCAGCGUCCAGCCAUACUCUGAUCAUCCGGAGAGGUUUGACAGCUGCUUUCAGGUGCUGUGCAGAGAGAGUGUGUCUGCACGCUGUUACUGGGAGGCAGAGGGGGGGCACUGGAAUUUCUGUCGCAGUGUCGUACAAAAGCAUGGGCAGGAAAGGAUCGGGUAAGAACUGUGGGUUUGGGAAAAAUAAUCAGUCCUGGGCAUUGGCCUGCCUUCCUACCAUCAGAGCUGGCCCUAAAUAUGUUUUCUUCCACAAUGAUAAAGUCAUGUCACUCCCCACCACUCCCAGUUCCUCCAGAAUAGGAGUGUAUGUAGACCACAAGAUGGGAACUCUGUCUUUCUAUGAGGUUUCAGACACAAUGACCCUCCUCCACAAAGUCCAGACCACAUUCACUCAGCCCCUCUAUCCUGGGUUUACUGUCCCCUCUCAACUGAGGUUAUGCCACAAAUAAAAACUGAAUGCUCUAGUUAUGGUGAUAAUGUCAGAUGAUUUUGAUGU